CUUUAAAGGUCCGUGGGAUGAGGUGGAUUCCACAGUAACAGGAAACUAAGUUUCCUCAGCUAAAUAUGUUCAGGCUACAACCUGUUUCCUUUUUUACUGAAUGAUCAUUGGCAUCAAGACCUAGUACAGGUUAACAGCAAAAAGCAAAAUACUCCUAAGUUUCAGAACAGAAGAGAUAUUUGGAGGAAAGGAGACAGCUGCUGAAAAAUGGUCUCCAUUUUAGCAAUGAGCUUCACUUUAACAGCGAUUCUUCUUAAUAUUGGUGGUGGCAACACUAGAGGAGAUUCAGUGGAUGUUACUGAUAGACCAUGGAAAACAAGUGAUUCUGAUUCUGAGGGAUUUGUAGUUAAACAACUUACAGACAUAAGCCACACAAGCAGCCUUACACCAGCUGCACCAAAUGAAGACAAAUUCACAACUCUGAAGGAUAUGAGUAUUCAUUUUAAUGCUCCAGCAACAGCAGAAACAGAAAAGCUGAUAAACCUUGAAGCCAUUGUUAGUUCAUCAUCUGAAACUCCCUCAGUCACAGUGGCUGCAAGCAAAGAAAACAGCAGAUCAGUUACAGAACAAAUGAAAGCUACAACCAGCACAAUUAUCAGACAAACCAGCAUCCCUAAAAAGAUGGAUACAGUUCAACAAGGAGCAGCAGUAAAUCGUUUGCCCAGGCAGGGCAUUUACUAUAAAGGAAGCAACGCACCCAAUCAAAAACCUGGUUUUCAAACCGCUCGGGGAAAAAAUUGGUGCGCAUAUGUCCAUACAAGGCUCCUGCCAACUGCAGUAAUAGAUACCAUGGAAACGUACGUGGCUUCUGAUACAGGACCAUGCUCAUGGAACACUGGAUCUUGCUCAGGAAGGAAUCGUUUAAUCUCACAGCCAAUCUACAGAAUGAGUCACAAAAUAGUUACAUCUUUGGAGUGGAAAUGCUGCCCUGGCUACAGAGGGGAACAGUGUCAGCUCACAGCCCAACAGGUCCGAACGCAAAUACAUCGCAGCCAAGCAGAAAGUAGUCUUGCAGGAAACUCAAUAGAUAUUCAAGACAAAGGAUUACCAACUGAUGACAUAGCUGUGCACCAAAAGCUGAGUGAUCAGAUCUACAGCCAAGAAAAGAAGCUGAAUGUACUGAAGAUACAAGUAGAGAACAUAUCCACAAACAUGAGUAAUGUGCACAGUGCUCUGUACUCUCUAGAGGAAAAAAUCAAUGAAGAUUAUAAAGGAAAAGGCAUCCAGUCAUUCCUCAAAGAAUUGAAUUCAAAAACUAUAACAGAAUUAAUUACGGAGAUUGUUAAAGAUCAGCUUGCUGAAUUUCAGAGGGAUACGCAAGAAAGUAUAGCCCAACUCUAUAAAAGCAUGUCUGGGAUAUCUAUUGAACUUGAAAAAACCAAAGAGACAGUAAAAGUUCUGAACAGCACAGUAAUCGCCUCCAGCCAUAAUUGUACUCUUGAGCAGGAAAAUAAGGCAACAAUGGAUGAUAUAUUAGAGCUCAAAAACCACAUGGAACACUUGAAAAAUAUUGCUGCUGCUUGUAACACAUCUUUCAAGGAUAUGGAAGAAAGGUAUAAUGCUUUAGAAACAGAACUAGAACAUGAGAGAUCAAGAAGCAGUAUCUACUUUGAAUCUCUCAAUAGCACUCUGUCCAAAAUGAAGGAAAUCCAUGGACAAUUACUGUCCGAUAACUACCCAGGUGAACAAUUGGAUUCUGCCGUAAAUGCUUCUGUAGAUAAUAAUAUUACUGAGUACCUGCUUUCUGUGCAAGGUAGGGUGAAGAUGCAGAAUAUAAUGAUGCUGCAAAUGUACAAUGAUAUUAAUGCCCAGGACAGCAAAAUCAAUAACCUUUCCAUUACUGUGGAGCUUCAUAGGCUUUCAAUUGAAAGAGCUUGCACAGACAGAUUUAAAUCAUGUAAAGAAGAUUUUCAGAAACAAAUGAAAGAUACAGAAAAUAAUGUGCUUGUUUUAAACAAAACAGUAUCUGAUGUUGUCCUUCUAUUGGAUGACAAGAUAGACAAUAUGAAGGAGCAAAUAAGCGAUUUAUGUUAUGAUAUGGAAAUACUCCAGCCACUCAUUGAAAAGGGGGUUCCGUUCCUCACACCUAUUGAAAGGGAACGACAAAGUGAUGUGGAAAAUAUUAAAAGGGAAUUUGAGGACCUCACCACAGAUCUGGAGAAUAUGAGUAUUAAAGUUGAGGAACUAAUUAAAGGUCAAGAGAAACUUGAAGCUGAUGCUAAAAGUCGUGAGCAUAGUUUUGAUAAAAGGAUUAAUGAAUGUCUUCUGGAAGCUGAAGAUGGCUUUAAUAAAACCAUGGAUAUCAUAAACAAUGCCAUUGAUUCUAUUCAAGAUAACUACAUGCUGAAGUCUGAAAGGCUUUGCGAAGAAAAUGAAUCCCAACUCAACAAUGAUACCAAUGAAAAACUGGAGAAACUUUUUGUUGUUAUCCCAAUGGUCAUGCAGAUAAAUGAAACCCUAAAGAGUUUAAUUAACAGAAAGAGCAAUAAACCUGGGUUUGAAUUGGAUGAAAAUCCAACUAAUGAUCUUGACAAUGGUUUAUCAUCUUCUUUCUUCAAUCUUUCUCAAAAGGUUAAUCAGAUUAUGUCCACAUUAGACUCAAAUCAGCUGACUCUCACUAAAGUUGAAGAAGAGUUACAACGUUCAGAUUCAGAUUUUAAAACCUGUCAAUCACGACUAAUGAGUGUAGAAUCCCAAGUACUUUUAAUCUUAGCUAAUCCAACCACUAAACCAAAGUCAAGAAAGGAAGAUAUUCCUGUUAAAGACAAGGGACAGCAAGAACUUUCUUCUAGAAUUAAAGCUCUGGAGUUUAAAACAAUAAGACUAUCAGCAAGCUUCCCUCCGCUGAACAAAACAGUGUAUGAAGCACAAAACUUGUGCCAGAUCGCAUUUAUAAAUAUUAAAAAGGUAAAUGAAAGCAUUCUUCAGCUAAUUAAAACAGCUCAACCCAACAUUACAAACCUUCAGAGGGGCUUUGAAGAAUUAAUAAAGUCUUUAAUUGAUGUGAGAGCUGAAAAUAUUUUCACAAAUGUAACCUCAUAUGUAGAUAAGACCCUGAAGCAGAUGAAAGUAGUACCUGGAAAAAAGACAGUGCCACCAAAAAAACCAACUGCUAAUUCCACUUCUUCCACUAUGGGUCGCAGCCAAAGAAACUCUGACAUUAACGAUAAAGCAGAUGAAUAUUCCAGUUGCAGUAGUUCUCCAUGCUACAAUGGUGGUACAUGUAUAAAUGACAGAAAAACAUAUGUGUGUGCUUGUCGUCAUCCAUUUGGGGGUUUCAACUGCAGCCUCAAAAUGUCGGAUGAAAAUGCUAACUCUCCUGAUUUUUCUAAGGGAUCUUACCGGUUUGCACCAAUAGUGGCUUUCUUUGUAGCUCACACUUACGGCAUGACUACUCCUGGGCCAAUCCGAUUUAACAACUUGCUUGUAAAUUAUGGGUCUUCAUAUGCACCUUCAACUGGAAAGUUUCAUGUUCCAUAUCUUGGUGUCUAUAUUUUUAAGUACACUGUUGAAUCUUUUAGCCCUCGGGUUUCUGGGUAUUUAGUUGUUGAUGGUAUUGACAAAAUUGCAUUUCAGUCUGAAAAUAUAAACAACAGCAUGUACAGUGAUAGGAUGAUUACUGGAGAUGCUUUGCUGGAGUUAAACUAUGGUCAAGAAGUGUGGCUGCGUUUGACAACAGGAUCCAUUCCGGCACAAUAUCCUCCUGUAACAACAUUUAGUGGUUACUUAUUGUACCGUACUUAAAAAUAUAUUUUAAUUAAUUAUAUAGCUUAAUUCAAGUAAUUUAUAAAGCCAACUUACAGCUAAGAAACUAUGCAAAACUAUCAACAGGGUGAUAUUAAUUAAUCUGUGUAUCCCUUUUGGCAUUUGGUAAGUAAUGUACUAAGGAGGCUGAUUUAUUAAGGCUGGGUAAAUUUGUCCCAGUACAGUAACACAUAGCAUCUGUAGUUAGCUUUAAUCAGUAUGCAAAUCUCUGAUUGGUUAUUGUUGCACUAUGGUAAAUUUGCCCAGCCUUAGCAAAUGAGCCAAUUCUCUCUUCAUUUCGGGUACCAAAGUUGUAAAUUGUACAAGUCACAUACUUAUACCUGAAAACCUGUUUGUGUAGCACUAUGUAUGUUCAGCAAGGUUACAUAAGAAUAAAUAUUAUUAUAAUUGUUACUGUAUACACACAUUACUAUAUUAUAGUGAACAAUUAAUCAGUGCAUAAAACACAUUGAAUAUUUUGAGUACAGUUAUUACAUUUCAAGGUAUUCAUGUCUCUUAUGUUGAAAACAGAAAAAAAAACAUGCAACAGUGAUUUUUUUGGGGGGUGGGACUAAAGGCUGACUGAAAGAGGCCUUAUUUGCUAAAUUCUCUGACACCCCCCCCCCCCCCCCCCAGUUGAUUUGAUUUUGAAGAUCCAAGGUAUAAGGUAGGCAUAUUUCAUAGAGACUGAUCACUGUGCUAUUUAAAAACCAGACAGAAUCAGUCAUUUCUGUUAACUAACCCCCAAAUGCACCCAUCUGUGCUCAUCUAAAACCCAGCUUUAUAAGACCUUAAACCUACCCACAUUCACUUAACAAAUAUUUGCUGGUCUGAAAAUGUCACUUUGUUAGGUAUCAUUAGCAAUUGUUUAUACACUUCAACCUAUACUGCACUGAGCAUAAGAGCAUAUUCAAAGGAAUGUUAUUUGAUACACACGAGUGAAUGUACUACAUUACUGCCCAUCAUGGCUUAUAAUAGGACACCUGUUUUUAUCUUUGUGUCAUUUGGCUUUAUAUAAAAACACCACAGAUCAUGCUUUUUCCCUUCUAUAUCUAUGGCAUUUUGGAAAAUAUACUUAUAUUUAUAAACAGAAAAAAUAUUUCCAUGAAUAAAAGGAAAUAGAAAUAAUGAAAUUAUUACAUUUGGCAAUGUCAACUGUCAUUAGACAGUUAUUACACUGUGGAUUUUAAUUGUGCUUCUAGGUUGCAAAAUAUUUUUUUUAAAAAACUUUUUUAUUUGAUCAAUUGUUGUACAAUGUAUACAUAACUUCAUGUAGGCCAUUCAGUGCAGAUUCCAAUACCAUUUACUUAAUAGUAUUGUGCUUUAAUCCAGAUGCUCAAGCUUGUGGUAACUACAUAUUUACCACAAGGCCCACUUUUGUCAAGAGAACAGCCAUUUCAGUGGUAUGGUUUUUGGGUGGUUAUAUUCACUGCCAGGAUAUGGUUGUGUAAUGUAGGAAUAAACAAGAAUUUUUGUAUAUUAACUUAUUAAGAAUCAAACAAACUGGUAACAAAAAGAAAGAAUAACAAGAAAUGUUAACAUCAUAGAUAUCACAUUUUGUACACUAGGUUAUCUAGGAUUAACCUCUCUUUCUAUUUUCAGUUGUAUGGGCGUAUCUCCUCAUAAGGUCUUUGUUAUGUACCAAAUACUAGUUAAAAAAUUAUGUAUUUUGAUUUUCAUUGCCUGUGGAAUUAUACUAAUAAAUGACUCCAAUGUUUCCAAGA